UCUAACCAGGGGCCGCGCUCCUCCAGCACAGACAGCCGUGGACCUCAGACUGUGGAGGAUUUUAUCAUCCGGAAUCCGACUGGAAGUCAGGCUGAAACCACAGCGGCUCUUGUGUUUCAGGUCAUCUCUCAUGGCGAUCCGGCUUCUCCUUUUGCUUCUGACCCUCCAACCCGGCGGGACGCAGCCCGGGUCGGAAGGUCAGGAUGGAGCGCCGCCGCCCGUGGAUCAGCGCGUCUUUGCGCAGGAGAACCAGGACAUGGUCUCCAUCAACAUGUUCAAGGUGUAUGAGAGGUACAGCAAGGAGCCGCAGAGCCGCAGGGAUGGAAACACCGUGAGGAGCUUCAAAGCCGUCCCGAGAGUUCUGCAUGGCAGAGAGGUGCUCCAGUUCAACUUGUCCUCAAUUCAGAACUCCGAGAUCAUCCUUUCUGCCUCUUUUCACUUCCUUAACAGGCGUCCCCGCCACCACCAAAGGCCAUGGCGCUUCAGAAAGCCUCGACACCUAUCCACUGCACUCUGGCAUUCCCACCAGCCCUCCCAGCAGCUUCUCUUCUAUGGAUCCCCCCACGAUUCUGCAUUUGCAACACCACUGGGGAACAUAAGUCUUGUAUCUCUCAAAAAAGGCUCUUGGCAAACCAGAGAUGUGACAACCGUGGUAAAACGGGCCAGGGAGGUAAAGGAGAUGGUUAUCACUGUGGAGACUGAUGUGGGGUUUGAAGCAGCCGGCAUGCAUCAAAGAGGAGCUCUCAGCCAUGAGCAUCUCUCUCCAGCCAACCUGCCUUACAUCUUGGUGUAUGCCGAUGACCAAGCUAUAGACGAGCCAAACAGCGUUGCCCUUUCCCUUCAGAGGUAUGGACCAUUUCCUGUUGGGGAUGAUAUAUCUGCCUCCACCUCAGCAUCCAGAAUCCGGAGAGAGCUACACCUUCAGAUCCAAACCAAUGACAUUCCAGAGGUUCAUUUCAGUGCUUUUAAAAACCAUGAACUGUGGCAGAACACAUAUUUCCCACCUAAAGCCAAAGCUACAGUCAAAAAUGGGAGAAAGCAUGGCCAGGUGAGCAGUGAGGAUAUGAACAAGCCACAGGUUCUGAACUUUGAUGAGAGGACAAUGAAAAAGGCCAGAAGGAGACAGUGGAGUGAACCCAAGGUUUGCUCCAGACGCUACCUCAGGGUUGACUUCGCAGACAUUGGGUGGAGCGAAUGGGUGCUGGCACCGAAGUCUUUUGAUGCCUAUUACUGUGCUGGCACAUGUGGAUUCCCUAUACCUAAAUUGGCACAUCCAUCCAAUCAUGCCACUAUCCAGAGUAUCGUCCGAGCUGUUGGAAUCAUCCCUGGAGUCCCUGAACCAUGUUGCGUUCCUGACAAGAUGAGUCCCCUUAGUGUCCUCUUUCUGGACCCAGACAGAAACCUGGUGCUAAAGGUCUACCCUGGAAUGUCUGUGGACACGUGCGGCUGUCGGUAGGACCGUCCAAGCCUAUGAGAAGCGCCAUGAAUGAAAAGACUCAGAGAAAGACAAUACCAUAGAGGCAAAGGGAAAAUUUUGAGAAAUGUUAAGAAUGAUGUGAGAUGUUAAGGGGAACUGAGAAAUGCUUUUUUAUCCAAAUUGUUCUUGUUUUCUGAUCUGAGGGAAUGUUGCCUUAAACUAUGCUGCUUUAUUAACAGGUUUUAAAGCUAAUAUUCAUGACCUAUUAUUUAAUUAUUUCCUUAAAUCAAUUAAGAAGAUACAGAGGAGUUUACCUUAAGAAACAUCUACACAUCGUUUUUGAUUGCCUCAAUUUUUAAUAGCUUUAGUCUUGAUUUUCUAAUCACAUAAGUGAUUCUGCCUUUGAGCAAACUUGUGCUUGGACUCGAAGGGACCUACGUUUUCAGGGUCACCUCAGACUCUUAAGGAGCAACUCUGUCCAGGAAACUCAACUCCCCAAUUAUCCAUUUGUGUACAUCUGUGGAUGAAAUGGAUGUCAGCUGCUUUCUCUUUAUGCUUUCAUCGUUCAUUUUCGUGUAUCCCUGUUUUAGCUGAGCUGACAAACUGCAACGCCACGGAGAACACCCUAAAAGGAAACUGCAGAAAUGCUCACUUUGUGUCAAGUUAAUCAUUGUCAUGAUAAAACUUAGUUCCAAUAGCUUUGUUCCUGUGUUUUACUGCUAAAUAAUGUAUUUGGUCUUCCAUUGAGUGCUCCAGCAUAUCAAAGUGUAUGCUUCAGGCUUCUGCAUCACGGCAUGACUGGGUGAUAAACAGUCCAACGCUGCCAUCUGGUGUGCGUUCUAUGAAAGGUAAUGAAAUGUGAAAUGAAAGACUUUCUUUACACUUGUAGCCUGUAGACAUUAUACACCUAGUGAUAUGUAAAAAUAAUAAACGGAUGAAGGAUUUUAACAAUAGGUAAAAAGAUAAAUGUACGUAUUUACAAGAAAGUAUGAACCUUUAAAGCGCAAUUAAAUAGUACUACAGUGGUGUAUACUUCAACAUAUUGCAUGGCAUUGUUUUUUUUAAAUUGACUUGUAUGUUCACUCAAUGGUAAAUACUGAAUUAUAUAAACUGCUAACUGUAAUGAAAGCCAAUAAUGUUUUAGGAAAAAAAAAAACAUUUUAUGAACUAAGAAAGGGUCUUGGUUUUUGGUUUGUAAAUCUGAGAAAAACAAAAAUCUAAACAGUGUUUCUUUAAUAGAUGUCUGUAAAAAAAAACAUUUCUAACCAAUGUACAUUAUUUUUGCCUAUCAGAAUUAUGAAGAUAAAUACUCAGAAAGUGUCCUUAUCUAACCCCCUGCUUUAACUGAUAUUGGAUCUUAUCCCUUUUCAGACCACUUUAUUCUUUUUUUAUGUACAACCAAAACUCAAAGUGGCCUCCUUCUGUGGGUGUCUUUUGUUUCGUUAUUUUUUUAACAAUAGACUUUAGGAAAAUACCUUUAAAUCUUUGUUGUCACAUAUGAGUUGAUGCAUGACGACAAUUUCUUUUUGUUUUUUACUCAGAAACAUCAAGUUCAAAGAAACCAAAUAUUAUGACAUCCUGGAAGUACAAAUCUACCUGAACUCUUUCAGAUAAAACAUUCGCCAACUUUUACAUUUUUGUAACUGAACACAUAAGUUGGAGUGUGGCUAAUAUGCUGGCUGUUGAAAUAUCUAAUUUAUUAAUUAAUUAAUAUUAUUAAACAUAUUCUCAUAUGGUCAAACCACA